GUACAUGAAUGUCUUGGAUGCAUCUGGACUCGCUCUUCCACUUUCUCCUCCCCUCUCGCCACCGUAUGAUGCACGAAACGAGCAGAUUGCUCGACGCUGCGGCCGCUCUCUCGCGACUUCUGCAUGCCGCUGAGGUACCUCAUGCAUUUUACGGCAACGUCUUCACCGCGAUGCUGGACAACGCACCACAUGCCGAUGUAAGUCAUCGCUGUUAUCCAUGGACAGACGCGUUGACCUGCCGCAGGAAAUCUUCUGUAUAGUUGAAGGGGGUGCUUCUCACCCUUUCCGUCGAGUCCGACAUGCCUGUGCCGGAAGCGCAGACUUUACGACUGUGGUCUCACCCUGGAGCAGCAGGUUGCAUGCCACGUACCAUCGGUACAUUCCUUCCAUCGAUAUUGAAAUACUACCUGCCGGAGAGCAGGGUCCACGACGCCUCGAUUCUUCAAAAGUGCAGAUCAUCCGUCAUAUCCCCUUCCUAACAAUGUCCGAAUUCAUACGGGCAAAACUGAAAGCUUGGGCGCUUCGGGGCGCCGAGAACGACGCUAGCGAUAUCAUCUUCACCAUGUCCCGCUACUGGAACAGAGUCGACAUCAAUCGGAUACCAGAGCAAGAGAUGAACGACUUCGUCCGCCAACACAGGGAGGCGGCCGCAGGGUGGAUGGAGCUCAACCGAAAAUACCGGGAGUGAGUCAUCGCAUCGGCUUACUAGCAUUUAGAGUUGGCGUCUUCUUGACUUAUCAUCAGUUUAGGUCACGAUGAUUCAUGAACCCUUCCGAAGAGAAGGAACCCUCGUUCUCAAAAACUCAAUAGCGUUCAUGUAGGGUCCCCCUGCCUACCCUGCACGGUGCGUGCCUGCGCUUCGCUAUCUUUAGACCUGGCCUGAAGUGCCCUACGCCGGUGCAUAGGAUGCGGUAAUUCUUAU